CAGUUCCGGUUGGGCGGCAGAGUUUGUUUAUGCCUCUCACGAUUCUAAGAGCUCUUUUCCCAGCCGCUCCGGAUCCAAGAUGGGGAAAUCUUUCGCAAAUUUCAUGUGCAAGAAGGACUUUCACCCCGCCUCCAAAUCAAAUAUCAAAAAAGUAUGGAUGGCAGAACAGAAAAUAUCGUAUGACAAGAAGAAACAGGAAGAAUUAAUGCAGCAGUACCUUAAAGAACAAGAAUCAUAUGAUAAUAGAUUGCUUAUGGGAGAUGAACGUGUGAAGAAUGGCCUUAAUUUCAUGUAUGAGGCACCACCAGGAGCUAAAAAAGAAAAUAAAGAGAAAGAAGAAACAGAAGGAGAGACUGAAUACAAAUUUGAAUGGCAGAAAGGAGCCCCACGAGAAAAAUAUGCCAAAGAUGACAUGAACAUCAGAGAUCAGCCCUUUGGUAUUCAGGUUCGAAAUGUGAGGUGCAUUAAAUGUCACAAGUGGGGUCAUGUCAACACUGAUCGAGAAUGUCCUUUGUUUGGUCUUUCUGGAAUUAAUGCGAGUUCAGUUCCAACUGAUGGCUCAGGGCCAUCGAUGCACCCCUCGGAGCUAAUAGCGGAGAUGAGAAACAGUGGGUUUGCACUGAAACGAAAUGUACUGGGGAGAAACUUGACCGCAAAUGAUCCAUCACAGGAAUAUGUUGCAAGUGAGGGUGAAGAAGAUCCAGAAGUUGAAUUCUUAAAAUCUCUAACAACCAAACAGAAACAGAAGCUUCUCAGGAAAUUAGAUCGACUUGAGAAGAAGAAAAAGAAAAAGAAAAGAGAUAGAAAAAAGAAAAAGCUUCAGAAGAGCAGAAGCAAACACAAAAAGCAUAAAAGCAAAUCUCCAUCCUCUUCUUCCUCUUCUUCCUCCUCUCCCUCCUCCUCCUCCUCUUCUUCCUCCUCCUCUUCCUCCAGUGAGAGUUCAGAAAGCAGCAGUGAGAGUGAGAGUGACAGAAAUGGUAAAAAAAUACAAAAGAAGAAAAAAAAGAAAAAUAAAUGUCCUAAGAAAAGCAACAGUGAUUCUGAGGAGAAGCACACAUCUAAGAAGAGUAAACUUUAUGAUGAGCCUUCUGGCAGUCACAGUAACAAAGAGAAACCUAAGGAAAAGCCUAGCUUCUUCAGACAAGAGAGUUCUAACAAAAGGGGUCAUUCUGAUUCUGACAGGAAGGCCAGACACCAUAACCAUAGUCCAGAACGGAAAGGGUCUGAAAUCAGAGCCGAGAGGAGCAGCAGGAGCAGGAGCAGGGACGGGAGGAGAAAAAGAAGCCGAAGUCGCAGUCGUUCCAAGCAGAGAGAAAUUAGGAAGGGGCCACCUCGAAGUCCCAGUGAAGAGCAGCAUCGAGGAAGUAACAACAGAAGCCGUGGCACAGACAGAUACAGAGACAGCUCAAAAGACAAGCGUCCUCAUGACAGAGGAAGAAGCAGUAGUAGAGAGAGAAUCAGGAGACUGUCAGUUACCUGGGAAUAAAAAUAUCUCCACUUUCUUACUGAAUACCUUUAGCAAGGGCUAAAUUAUGUACUAUUGUAUUUCUAACAUAAAAGCUCUAUUUUAAUUUUUCAUCUAUGUAAACUGUCUUAUCAAGUACAAAACUACAAGGUACCGUAAGAAUGAACUUUGCAGAUAUUUGUAAGAAUCUAUUUUGGCACUGUAAAAAUAUUUGCUGUUGCUAAGUGUUUCUUGUGCUCUGCACGACAUAAAAGCCCUAGAACUUUGUGACAUUUUUAGUGUUCUGAAACAUUAUUAAAGAGUGGCAGUACAACGAAUGAA